AUGGAACGCCACCUCGGCGUCGCCGCCGCCGCGCGGCAGGUCCUGGGGUCGAAGACCGACGCCUGCAACGUCUGGUUCGGCGCGGGGUUGAGCGACGACCCGGACGACAGCGACCGCGUCGGCGUCACGGCGCUCCACUACGACCACAGCCACAACGUCUACACGCAGCACGCGGGGCGGAAGCGGUUCGUGCUCCUGCCGCCGCACGCGCGGAAGCACCUCGCGCCGCUGCGGAACAUGGCCGGCGUCAUGAUCAGCGAGGCCCGCGCCAAGCACUGGGGCUACGUCGACAAGACGCCCAUCGACCCGCCGCGGCUUUUGACGCUCAAGGGCGGCGCGCGGUUCACGAUGAUGGCCGCGAAGCAGGACCUCGCGGCGCUGCCCCUCGACGUCUUCCACAACUUCGGCCUCGACGACGCGCGGCGCGGCGCGGCGACCGUCGACGCCGCGUUCCUCGCGAGGCACGCGAUCGUCGCGGAUCUCGGGCCCGGCGACGUGCUCUACGUGCCGCCGUUCUGGUACCACGAGGUCACGUCCUACGGCGGCGUCUCCGUGAGCCACAACCACUGGUGGAACACGGCGGGCUGGAUGGACCAGAUCAUGAAGAAGCUCGACAACGUCGCGUCGUCGCAGAUGCCGCAGACGGCGAAAUUCGCCAAGCCCGAGGGCGCGACGGGCCUCCAGCCCGCGGCCGCGCUCCAGGCGACGUGCGGCUACGCGAACCACUGGGCCGUCGGCGCCGCCAAGUGGCCCUGCCAGGCCGUCGAGCCCGCGAACCCGCCCCACGUGAACCUCCAGGCCGAGCUCCGGACCGCGUGCGCGCGGGCGCGCGGCUGCGCCGUCGCCGACGUCAAGGAGCUCCUCGGCGACGCGCCGACCUGGCACCAGACCUUCGCCGAGGCGAACCCGUCCUACCGCCAGCCCUUCCAGGAGAACGGCCUCCUCAAGAACCGCAAGAAGCACCUCUGA